CUAAUUGAAAAUUAAUUAAUAAACGACUGUCUUUUGGCCGUAGCACGCAUAUUAAAUGCAAAGCUCGAACAGGACGCGGCAAAGAACUCCCACGAAAAUUCAAAAAUUGGAAACCAUUUCCAAUAGCAAAUAACCGAUACAUACCUACAUAUAUAUUAGUAAUUUGUUUACAACACAAUUAAGUUCAGUGAAAAGUCAGUGAAAAAUCAAAAUAAACCAAUGAAAAAAAUUGUUCAACAAAGCAAAAACACAUCACACAUCGCUACAUUCCAGCUGAAGUUGGUAGCUUUAUCAUGCAGACAGUAGUUGUUGAAUAGAAUGCAUUGCAUCUUCGCAGAGUCGUGUUGUGACCGCAAACCACAUAAACUAUGAAAAUAAUAACGAAAAUCUUAAAAAAAUUACAUAAAUGUUUGUCGUUUCGCGAAAAAGUAAAUCAAAAGCACUACUGAAAAGGCAGAAAUCGACAAAACCAACCAACCCCCGUAAUAUUCAAAGAACAAAAUCGUCUACAAAGUAAGAAUAUAAAUAAACAACAAAACGAAAAGAAAGCUAACUAAACGAAAACCGAUCAUACGAUUUUUGUCUUGUCUUUUCUCCGUGCAAAGUAACUAUAUAUUCGAAAUAAAAACGUAUAGACGGCAGCUAGCAUCUGAUCGAAAAAGUGGAAUAAAACGGACGGAAUCGUUCAGAGAUAUUUUGCACAGAUCUCUUCGAUGAUAAGAGCGCAAUCGCGUGUUUGUAGCAUGGUACUGUUCCAUUGAUAAUACUGAGGCAGACAAAAUCUUCCUAAAGAAAUCAUUCCGGACCACCCAAAUAGAUAGUGGUUCUAGACGAUCAUUUUCAAAACAACCCGUUGUAUUUAUCAAAUUAUUUAAAUUUAAAAACAAAAAUUAAAACAAACAAAUAAUUUCCAAAACAGAAAAGACUUCAAAACACAACAAAAUAAAAUAAUAAAAACAUAAUGAUCGUGUUGUUGGUACAAAGUCGAAAUCUAUAAAGAAUUAUUGCUGCAUCAACGUUUGGCAACAGAAACCUGGAACAACAGAAGGCCUGUUGCAGCAGCAAUAGCGCGAUACAUCGCCGUUGCAACCACCAAUAUUUUAAUUUUUGUGUGCCGACAAACUGCAUUUAUCGCGGAUCUCUUUACCUUUUAUUCGCUUGAGACUUGGUUCGUUUCUUUGCCGUUCAUUUGCAAUCCUGCUGUUCGUCAUCCUGGUUCCCUCUUUUUUCUCUCAUCAUGCUUACUUCGGCUAUUGGUUUCCUGCAGGGAGCAAUUGAAUUCUCUUUGCUUGGCUGUUUUGAAGCAGCAUCUGUUGCAUUUAUAGUUUAUUAUAUUUAUGCUAAAACCAGAGCGCCUUCAAUAAUUGCCAGCUUGUUUCCAAACCUACACUUGAAAAUCAAUUAUCGAUCUCAAUUGUUGAAAUUCAACAAUUUGGGCAAUGAACUUCUUCUCACGAUGCGUAUCAAGCCAGAACCGAAACGCGAAAAUGCACUGGCCCAUGGUAUUGGUACCCAAAAUAUGUUGGACAUGACUCCACAUGCUGGUCGAAAGCCAUACAAUUCAAUAUUUGAUUGGGGCGUCUAUUUCCCAUAUAUUGCCCAGGCGACACGCAGCAAGCAGUUUUGCUAUCCUCAGGUUUCCAACUUAGUACAAAAUGACCCGCUUCUUCAGAGAGCCAUCAAACAAGCUGCCGAACAAAUGUUAAAGGAGAAACAAACCAAUUCGGCGAACUCAAACGAAGAUCUCAAUAGAAAUAGUGAAAGCAAAGAUAGCUAUUUAGAGGACUCCAUGGCCGACUACCAACAGUUUCUCAAUAAACAGGAGCGCCGUGCCAUUAGCAUACUUAAGGACAUGCGUUCCACACUCAACAACUUCCUAUUGGCCCUAACUUCCUGGAUAUUGUACAAGCUGUUGCCCUGUUUUCUGAGCGGCGUGGUCACGCAUACACAACAAAUUGAAAUGCUAAAAGCCGCCUCGGAGAAAGCUCCAGGCAUACCACUGAUUUUCUUGCCAUUGCAUCGCAGCCACUUAGAUUAUAUUAUGGUUACCUUUAUAUUAUAUAACAAUGACAUUAAAAGUCCCCUGGUAGCAGCUGGUAAUAAUCUACAGAUUCCUGUUUUUGGAGAACUGCUUCGCGGCCUUGGAGCAUUUUUCAUAAAGCGGAAAAUCGAUCCGGUUGUGGGAAAGAAGGAUAUUCUGUAUCGCGCUGUCCUACAUUUGUAUUUGCAACAUGCUCUGAAAAUGGGUCACAACGUAGAAUUCUUUAUUGAGGGAGGUCGGACGCGAACUGGUAAACCCUGUCUUCCCAAAGGCGGAAUACUAUCGGUGAUUGUCAAUGCAUUUAUGGACGGAACUAUACCCGAUGCUCUAAUAGUACCAGUGUCGGUGAACUAUGAAAAACUUGUGGAUGGAAAUUUCGUUCGAGAACAAAAAGGCGAGAAAAAAGUUCCCGAAAGUUUUGGAAAGGCCAUAUCAGGCAUAUGGAAGGCCUUGAAUUCCAAGUACGGACUUAUGCGCAUAGAUUUCAAUGAACCUUACUCCAUCAAAGAAUUAGUACAAUCCUACAAUAAAAUAGCCAAGGAAGAUGGAUCAAUGAGAAUUUACAAACCGUCAGCUCGUACUUUGCAACACAAUCAGUCUACCUCAUCGCUGUACGGCACUGAUGUGGUGUGUGAGGAACAUCGCAAUCUCAUAGACAGUAUUUCGCGGCAAGUUGUUUUCGAUUGUGCGGUUGCCACAUCUGUUAUGUCCACAAACGCGUUGGCUUUCCUUCUGCUCACGCGCUAUCGCCAAGGUGCGACAGACAUUGAAAUUGCCAAAGGUUUAGAUGAAUUGCGUACCACACUCAAGGGACGAAAAGAUAUUGGUUUUUCCGGGGAGUCUUCGCAUAUUGUAAACUAUGCAGCCGAUUUGUUAGGCGAAAACUUGGUUGUGCGAUCAAAAGACGAAAAUGGCUGUACGAUUAUUAGACCGAAGGGAACAGUGGAAAGCUGGAUUGAAUUGGCCUAUUACUCGAAUACGAUUACUCCCCACUUUGCUUUGCAAUCGAUUGUUCUUACAACGUUUCAUAAACUGCUCCCAACAUCAGAUGAAGUGAAUGAGAAACAGGAACCCGGUGUAUCUCGUAAAAAGGUCAUCGAAAUGGCUUUAGAGAACUGCGAAGUAUAUCGGUACGAGUACAUUCUCAAUAAACCCACUCAAGUUCUUGCCAACAUGCUAGAAUUGGCUCUGGAUGAAUUGAUAAUGCAAGGCUUCAUUAAAACUGUGCAGUCUGAUAAUCAAACUGAUGCCCCCAUGGAAACAAUGCGAAUGGCUCGAGCCAUAGCUUCUUACAUCGAAAAUAAUGAUUUGGAUCAAGAUGAAGACCCCAACGAUUUCGACAAUUUGGAACCAACCGAUGAACCAGAUAUUUUCCUAGUUCCCGAAACGAUAAAUCAACAGAAGGCUGUUUGUGAAGUCCUAGCCCCAUUUGCUCAGACAUAUUAUAUAGUUGUCAAUUCAUUAUUUAUAUUAUAUAAGAAUUCAAUACUCGAAAGUGAAUUUAUAAAAUUCGUAAUGAAGGAAUUGCACGAGAAGGUUAACAAGCAACUAUGCCCCUAUGCUGAAAGUAUAUCCACCGACUCUGUGCGAAACUGUUUAAAAGUUCUCGAAAAAUGGUUCGUCAUUGAAAUAACCAACCAAAGCGGUUUGCGGCUAUUAGCUUUGCGAACGCCUUAUGAAGCAAGUCGUGACUCCUUGAAGAGCAUAGUCCAGCGAAUGUCAAAUGUUGUGCCACUGUACGAUAAUGGUUAUUUUUAACCCUACAUUUCCGAGACAUUAAUUUUUAAAAUGUAAUUUUAAGAGAACAUUUUUUUUUUGUAAAUUUCACAUUUGUUUACCCUCACGUAGAAAAUGACAACUUCGAUGCUCUCAUCCAUACAUUUUUCUACUCUAAGUAAUCGAGCGUUGUUUCUAAAACGGAUCGCUAUUUUAGCCAUUAAUCAUAUAACCGUAAGCGAUUGGAAAUCAAUCUGUAAAUGCCAAAGUUCUAUCAAAUUAUAAAAAGUUAAAGGCGAAUAAUGGAACAUUGUAAAUGUUGCUUAUUGAAGUCCAUAAAACUUUGACUGAAAAUUUUUAUUUUAUAUUGCAUUUUGUAUGCAGUGUAUGUAUAUUAUAAAACCAAAAAAAAAAAUCAGAUACAUAUUUUGAACGAAAAAAAUGAAAUAAAUCCAAUAAAUACAAAAUGUAAAA